AACAAAAAAUCUAACAUGGCCGCGAUCGUGUGACAUUUCUUUUCUGUUAAUGAAAAAAAUCUUGUUCAUUGUCUCAAAAAUAAUGGGCGAACUUGAACUGAUAUUGGUCUAGUCUAAUUGUCUGAAGUUUUUCCAGUUUAUUUUAGUCUUCUGAAGAAAUAUGGCAAAGUCAGAAUCUUCUCCAGAAUGGAUAUUGGAGCGAAUUCUUGGUUCCGGUGGCUUUGGCGAAGUUCAACUUUGGAGAAAUGUUUCAACAGAUAAAAAGAUUGCGCUUAAAAAAUGCAAAUGGGAUAUUACUCGGAUGGGUGAAAGACAAAAGGAAAGAUGGGUUCACGAGGUUGAAAUAAUGAAUCGCUUGAAACAUCCAAAUAUUGUGGGUACAGAAUCUGUACCAAUCGACCUUUUCAAAGACACAGAGAAUUCUUUACCUGUCCUUUGUAUGGAAUAUUGCAGCCAAGGAGAUCUACGAAAUAUGCUUAAUCAAAGUGAAAAUUGUUGUGGAAUAACUGAACCAGAGGCUAUGAGGAUAAUGGGAAGCAUUGCUGCUGCUGUCGAGUAUUUGCAUAAUCAACAUAUUACUCACCGUGAUCUCAAACCAGAGAACGUAGUUCUUCAAGAACAUUUUGGCAAAAUUAUUUAUAAAUUAAUUGACCUUGGCUAUGCAAAAGACCUUGGAGAAGCAAGCCUCCAAGCAUCAAAAGUGGGAACGAUGAAUUAUGUUGCUCCAGAGUUAUUGUGGCAAAACAAGUAUAGUUGCUCUGUUGAUUAUUGGAGUCUUGGGAUAUUAUUUUAUGAGAUUUUAACAGGCAACAGACCGUUCCUACCACAUAUGAAUCACACUCCGGAAUGGGUGAAACAUAUCAGACAUAAAACCUAUGAUCAAAUUCGUGCACGCAGAGUCAACGGAGAUGUUAUUUUUGAUACAGAUAUUGAGAAUCCUACUGAUUUAUCGAAGUACGUCAAAGCACAAAUGGUUGAUUGGUUAAGAUUGGUUCUGCAGUGGGAUCCAAAACGACGCGGAAAGAUGCCAAAUGAUCAGCAACAGAUUGCUGUGUUCAAGAUGCUGCGAUUGAUUCUUUCAAAACCGGUAUUAUAUGUAUUCAUUGUAUCCAUGUAUCGAAUGGAACCAUAUGCCGUGGAUGUUAAAACAAGUACUCAGGAUCUAUUGGGGAUUAUUGAAAGAAAUACUAAAAUUCCACAUAACAAACAAAUCCUCACAGAUUUCAUGGGAAAUAUUUUAAAAAGUAAUAGCGAUCCAAUUUUACAAAAAUUAAAGGAUCCCUACUUGAUAAUGUUUGAAAUCGAUAGAAUAUUGUUGGAAAAAUUUCCGAAUCCGGAUAUUCCAGAAGAAAUACAGAAAAUUAUUGAACAACCAAAAAUACAAAUAAGUCAUCAAUCCUUGCGACACGCUUACGCCUCUACGGUGUUCUUCGUGAAGCAAGAAUUCAAGUUGUUUCGUUCUUACAUUAUUGCAUUUAGCAUAAAAAUUGAUUUAAUAAAUGAAAAAUUGAAUAAGUUAUUUGAAGUUGUGAAAAAGACAAUGUCAGACUCCAACGUGCUGAUGACUGAAGUAACUCAGGUCUUGGAGUCUCUAAAUGUAAGUGGUACAUCAACAAAUAAAACCACAGAACUUGAAGGAAAUGUUAAAAAAAUCAAGAGGGUUUCUGAAGCUGUGCGUUCUAUGAAAUCCUGGGUGGAGAAGCUUAUGCAAAUGAAUAAAAGUAUAAGAGAAUUUUCAAAUAUUGAUUGGACGGAUGAAUUUUCAAAAAUGUAUGAUAAGGUGGUCGACAUUUAUGAAACCUUAAAGAAAUCCGCACGACCAGGUUUCUAUGACGACUACGAGGAUCCUACAAAUUCUUCAAUCGUUAACAAGCGUGGUUGGGCCGCACCCACAGAAAUGGCUAAACUUGUACUGAAAUUUAUCCGAAUUCGUCACACACAGUUACAUCAUCCAUCAAUUUCAACAAUAGCCAAACAGAUUUUACAAUUGGAUGGGGAUCUAAUUAAACUUGAGAAAGCUUUAAAUUCUGCUUCCACUUUAACGAAUGUCUACAGAGGAGAAUUUCAACAUUUGCUAGAAAAGCAAGAUGAAAAUUUAAUUCCUAUUACACAAGUUGUUAACCAAGAUCAUUCGACUUGUGUAUUCCCUGUAAAUUCUAUGAAAAAUUCAUCUAUGAAUGAUUCAUCGUCGAUGAUGGCUAAUUCGACAGAGGCCAUUGAUAAUGUGAUAUAUGAUAACAUUGUGAUAAGUUAUAUGCUACGUGAUUUCAUGAUGGAGAUGCAACAGAAGUAUUUCGAGAUAAUUAAUCUAAAUCCGUAGGACAUUAAAGUUCUGCGUAUAGGUUAUCUUUUUCGUAUGCAUCUCACGUUGGUUCUCCCGUCCAAAGUUUAUACGAGCCAGCGCAAUGCGUUGGAUAUUCCGUAACCCUUACCAUUACGAUUAGAUGACGAGUGAAAACAUUAUUUUAUUUGUCAAAUAUAUUUCUUUUAUCGUGCGAGUCAAAUACGUUAAAGGAAAAUAUAUCAAUGCAGUUCAGUUUUUAAUCUCAUAGUUGAAAAUUGGAUCUAAAUGUUUUUAUUCUUACUGUGUUUAUACUGCUAUAAAUUUUAUCUUGCAAAUUAAUAUUUUCUAAGCCAAAUAAGUCCUCACAUACAUACGUGUAUUUUAUGAGCGUUUUAAUACUGUUUUGUAGACGUUAUCAGUAAAAAAGUUAUAUAAUCAAUGUCUUCGUGGAACAUAAUGUCGAACUCCCCAUUUAAUAUUAGCAUUUUCGUCGGUUUUAACAAAAGUAUAAACUGGUCCAUCCAAAAAAGAUUCAUCCUUCGAUUUCUGGACUUUAUCUGUGGAUGCACCUAAUAAAAGUAAUAAAUCUAUUAUAGCUGUAUUUCAUAAUUGUUUAAGAAAUAAACAAGAAAAUAGACUUACUUGUAACAUUCAUGAGAAGCAUCAGACCUAAUAAUAGUCUUAGGAAUCCACGUAUGUCCUAGAGUGUAUUUUUUUUAAACCAAAUAUAUUUAAAAAAUGUAUUCAGAAA